UAGUACCUUGGUCAUGUCUUCUUUCUUAACUCUGAGAUGCGGUGCUCCUGACGUAGCUACCUCUGGUCUCAUUUCCUCCAUCCCAACCACUGAACUUGUAUUUGUAAUAUCCAUUUUCGUAUUUUUCCUUCAAACCCAAUCCAAAAGAAGUAGCAAAACAAAAUCUAGCUCUCUUCCACUACCACCUGGACCGGCUGUCUCGUGGCCGAUCAUUGGUAAUAUCCCAGACUUGUUUCACAAAAAGCCCGCAUUUCGAUGGAUAGACAAACUCAUGAAGGACAUGAAUACCGAUAUUUUAAGUGUUCGUCUAGGAAAUGUCCAUAUAAUUCCAGUGACUUCACCUGAGAUUGCUAGAGAAUUUUUGAAGAAACAAGAUGCUACAUUUGCGACAAGGCCUAUCACAAUGGGUACGGAGUAUUCCAGCCGUGGGUUCUUAUCAGUUGCCGUUGCACCAUUAGGAGAUCAAUGGAAGAAGAUGAGAAGAGUGGUGGCUUCUGAACUUAUGUCCCCUUCCAGACUCAGAUGUCUUCUUGAAAAGAGAUCAGAGGAAGCCGACAACCUUGUUCGAUACAUCUACAACCAAUGCAUUGAUAACAGCACUACUAAUUAUGUUGGUGGAGUUGUGAACAUAAGGACAGUAUCUAGAAUGUAUAGUGGAAAUGUUAUAAGAAAAUUGAUGUUCAAUAUGAGGUAUUUUGGUAUAGGAAGAAAAGAUGGAGGUCCUGGUGUCGAAGAAGAAGAAUACGUACAAGCAUUAUUCAAUGUUCUAUCUCUACUCUAUGCAUUCAGUGUAGCAGAUUUUAUGCCUAUUUUAAGAUGGUUAGAUUUAGAUGGUCAUGAAAAGCUCAUGAAGAAAGCAUCAAAGAUUGUUAACAGUUAUCAUGAUCCUGUUAUUGAUGAGAGAAUCAAGCAAUGGAGAUCAGCUGAUGGUGAUAGAUUCAUCAACAAGAAACAACCACAUGAUCUCCUUGACGUUCUCAUUUGUCUCAAGGAUGCCAAUGGGAACCCUUUGCUAUCGACUGAGGAAAUCAAAGCUCAAUCAGCGGAUUUGAUAUAUGCAUCGGUAGACAAUCCAUCAAAUGCAGUUGAGUGGGCACUGGCAGAGAUGAUCAACCAACCUGAAAUGCUUCAAAAAGCGGCGGAAGAAAUCGACAGGGUUGUCGGGAAAGACAGACUUGUGCAAGAAUCAGAUUUUCCGCGUCUAAAUUACGUCAAGUCAUGUGCUAGAGAAGCAUUCCGUCUACACCCAAUUGCUCCAUUCAACCUACCACACGUCGCAAUAUCAGAUGCAGUCGUGGCCGGGUAUUUCAUCCCAAAGGGAAGUCAGGUACUUCUAAGUCGCCCAGGACUUGGCCGUAAUGCUAAAGUGUGGGAUGAACCGCUGAAGUUUAAACCCGAGAGGCAUUUGGAUGGCUCGGGUGAACAGGUGGUGGAGCUGGUUGAGAACGAUCUUCGUUUCAUUUCUUUUAGCACUGGACGGCGUGGAUGCAUGGGUGUCCCGCUUGGGACGUCAAUGACAGUGAUGUUAUUGGCUAGGCUUCUUCAAGGGUUCAGCUAGAGUGCACCACCAGGAGAGUCAAUCGAACUCAGUGAG